AUGGCUACUGAGGAGUGCCGUAGCGGGGCGCAGUCCCUCCGUGUCGCUCCGCCCGGCCCGCUAGGGAACGCUCCGACAGGCCUCGGCGGAGUGACGACGAACGCCGACAGAAGAGCGGAGGAGUCCGCCAACAGACGGCCCGCCGCCGCGCAGCCGGCAGCCCGGAGCACCGCCGCCGCCGCCACGAACAUGACGGCGUCGGCGGCUUCUGAGGACUCUUUGACCGUCUCCUCCUCGCUCCCCGGCAGCCCGUCGCCCGCCGCCGUGCUGGUGUACCGGGAGUCGGUGUACAACUGGCAGGCCACCAAAAACACCGUGAAAGAGCGAUUUGCGUUCCUGUUCAACAAUGAAGUGCUGAGCGACGUGCAUUUUCUUGUCGGGAAGGGAAUGGGAGUGCAGCGGAUACCAGCCCAUAGAUUUGCCCUUGCAGUUGGAAGUGCCGUGUUCGACGCGAUGUUUAAUGGCGGUAUGGCCACUACCUCCACCGAGAUUGAGCUGCCAGACGUGGAGCCUGCCGCCUUCCUUGCCCUGCUCAAGUUCCUUUACUCGGAUGAGGUACAAAUUGGUCCAGAGACGGUGAUGACCACUCUGUACACAGCCAAAAAGUAUGCUGUUCCAGCCCUGGAGGCUCACUGUGUAGAGUUCCUCAAGAAGAACCUGAGGGCUGAUAAUGCAUUCAUGCUCCUCACACAGGCUCGGCUAUUUGAUGAGCCACAGUUGGCCAGCCUCUGUCUUGAGAACAUUGACAAAAACACUGUAGAUGCUCUGGCUGCAGAGGGCUUCACUGAUAUUGACCUGGACACACUAGUUGCUGUGCUGGAAAGGGACACACUGGGGGUACGUGAGGUGCGUCUAUUUGCGGCGGCGGUGCGUUGGGCAGAGGCAGAAACUCAGAGGCAGCAACUGCAGCAGACACCAGAGAACAAACGAAAGGUCCUGGGCAAAGCCUUGUCUCUCAUCCGCUUCCCGCUAAUGACCAUUGAGGAGUUUGCUGCAGGUCCGGCACAGUCUGGUAUCCUGACUGACCGCGAGGUUGUGAGCCUGUUCCUCCACUUCACAGUUAAUCCCAAGCCUCAUGUUGAAUUUAUUGACCGCCCUCGCUGCUGCCUAAGGGGUAAGGAAUGCAGCAUCACACGCUUUGGACAGGUGGAGAGCCGCUGGGGCUACAGUGGGACCAGUGACCGUAUCCGAUUUUCAGUAAACCGCAGGAUAUUUGUGGUGGGAUUUGGACUGUAUGGUUCGAUACAUGGGCCCACAGACUACCAAGUCAACGUUCAGAUCAUUCACACAGACAGCAACACAGUCCUAGGUCAGAACGAUACAGGCUUCAGCUGUGACGGCUCUGCCAGCACCUUCCGUGUAAUGUUCAAGGAACCUGUGGAAAUUCUACCCAGUGUCAACUACAUCGCAUGUGCCACCCUCAAGGGGCCCGACUCCCACUAUGGCACGAAAGGCAUGCGAAAGGUGACCCAUGAGGGCUCUUCCACCGGCACCAAGACAUGCUUUACUUUCUGCUAUGCUGCAGGCAACAACAAUGGCACUUCAGUGGAAGAUGGACAGAUCCCAGAGAUCAUCUUCUACACAUGACCUAAUACCUCAGAAAGAACCCCAAACCAAGGACUCUAAUUUCAGUGCAUUUCCUCCACUGUUAUACCCACCAUUGCUGACAUGAUGAAUUCAAGUUCUGAAUUUUGAGAUUUAUGUAGUAAGCUUCUGAUUCCUGGCAACAAAAGGCCCAGGACAAAUUGACUGCUGAAUGUCAUUAUUUCACGAUAUUACAUAAGACCAUUGCCUGGGGUAUACAUUAAUUCUACUGCAGCUAGUCACCCAACAUGGUUGGACUGUUUUUCAAAUUGUUUCAUUUGCUAUAGGGAGGUGAUUUCUGCCACAUCACAGGAGUAAUUCAGUUGUCUCUUUGUGUAGGUAGUUAGGUGGUAAAUGGCAUGCAAGUUAGUUGUCGAGGGCGAUUUAUUUACCCUCUCCCAUUUUACCUGUAUGUAAAUAAUGUAACUGCAGAAACAAUGCAAACGUGGACCUUCAGGAGAGUAGUAUCAUACCUCAGCCAUCAUCAGAUACCUUUUCAUGACUCCAUCAAACCAUUCCUGAUUGUAUAGUAGUAGCACUGAGGCACUUUGACAGUAGGCAAGAAUUGUGACAGCUCAGCAUUCACCACUUUUGUACCAUGAAAUGAUUAUAGGCUUGUAAAGCAAAAAGUGAAGACACAAAAAAACGUGACCUAGUCAAUGGACAAUGAGUUUAUGAAAAUGACCCCUCUGGUUGAUGUAUAAUCAUGAUACUCACCCUUACCUGGCAUUUUUUUAUGUAAAAUGACAAACCACAAAUCAUUUGAUUUUUGCAUUGUAGGUUUGGGAUGUCGAGUUUCAUUGCACACCAGCUUUGAUAUAGCAAGGGUAGGUUAACUUUUCAUCAGGGCUUAACAGAUUCUGUGCCUUAAGGAAAUGCAAUGCACCAGUUUCCCCAUAUGUGCGAGCAGUUAAGCCACAAGUAAAAGCAAGACUAUUCUUUCAUUUUUGACCCAGAUUCAGAUGUAAAUGUGAAAUUUUUCCCCAAAUGAGAUGAACCAUUUUGAAAAAAGUCAAUUUCUCUGAAUGAAACCUAUGUGGGUAUUACAUUUUGCUUCCCUGGAAUGUUUUUUUAAGUGACGAUUGAAUGCAAACUAUGUCAGUAUGCUUCUAAGGCUGUGUAAUACUUUCCUCAAAGACUGUAAAAUCCAUUCCUGAAUUCAGUGUAUUCAACUAUUCAGUCUGGAAUGGACAAAUUUUAUUUUAUUGUAAACUCAGUAAAAUUCAAGAGCUAUGUGGAUUUCAAAAUGGCACAAAGCUGCAUCAUUUCAGAGAAUCAACAGGAUUUGCAUUUCAUUGUGUAAAAAUUCAAACAAGUCUAUUUUGCUUUUACUUGCAACAAAGUGACUAUGUGCAUGUCGGAAAACCAUUUUAGUGCAAAUUGUAUUCUGUAGAGGCAAGAAUUCUGUUCCAUACAGCCCACCGUGAACAGUGUUUAUAGUCCAACUUUUCCCCCUCACAGGUUUCAAAAAGGUAUAUUAGCCUUAAUUGGUUUAGUUGCCAGACGUUGAAAGCUUUUACUUAAAUGAUUUUUGGUGCAUGACACAACACUUGGUUACCAAUUUGAUUCAGAGGGUCUUGGAUUACAAUGACCUGUCACAGGUAUGCCAAAUUCAAUGUCAAUGUAAAUGCAAGGAUUGAACGAUUGGCCACAAUAUUUUUUUUACAAGCCCACAACAUGGUCAAGUGGAUACUGAAUAUUUAAUGCCAUGAAAUCCAACCUGUUUAGUGUAU